CUCUGUAUAAUCCUGAUGGAGGAGCACAUCUCCAUCUGUUUGUGCUCAAUACAGACGCAGACCUGCAGCACCAUCAUCUUCAUCACUCGCCGGAAGUGAGAAGGGAAAGGACCGGGUUUCUCUGAUCAGACCGCGUCGCGUGCAUCGCUUCUGAAUGAACACAUUCUCCGGGAUUCUGCACUGGACCUGACUGGAAGCAUGGACAGAGCGCUGAAUAGUGUUAGAGUGACUCCUGACCUUCAUCAGUAGCUUCACCCAUCAUCAUCAUCAGCAGCAGCAGCUGCAGCAUCAGGACCUGCUCAGUCCAGACGGCGAAACCGAAACGCGUUUCUGCUGGAGUGUGUCCGUGGCGGGCCUCCGUCGCGAUGGGCGAGAACGUGUCGAAGCGGCUGAAGCUAAUCACCGGCUCCGAGGCAGAGAUGGAGGAGCGCAGCUUCAUCAACCCGUUCCCGGACUGGGAUCAGAGCCUUUGCGUGUCCUCAGACCCAGAAGAACACAGCGGAGGGAACGAGCCGUGUGAUGCCGACGGAAAGAUCAGUGAUGCCUUUCAGAAGAAGGUGCAAAGCAAGAUCAAAGAUCUUCUCCAACAGAUGGAGGAGGGCCUGAAGACUGCAGAUCCACAUGAUUUCUCCACCUACACGGGCUGGACAGGCAUCGCCCUGCUGUACCUGCAGCUGUAUCGAGGGACACAGGACGCCUCGCACCUGCAGCGCGCUCUGGAUUACAUCAAACGUGCGCUGAGGAACCUGAACGGCCGGCGCGUGUCCUUCCUGUGUGGAGACGCCGGGCCGCUCGCUGUAGGAGCAGUGCUUCAUCAUCUCUUAAAGAACCAGAGCGAGUCCCAGGACUGCCUCACCAAACUGCUCCAGCUCCAGCGCUCCGUGCUCAGCACAGACUCCGACGCUCCGGACGAGCUCCUGUACGGACGAGCAGGAUACCUGUACACCCUGCUGUAUGUUCACACAGAGAUCGGGCCGCACGCGCUGGACCAGGCCACCAUCACCACGGUGGUGACAGCUAUUCUGGAGUCAGGGAAGAAGCUGUCUAAAGAGCAGAAGAAGUCUGAGCGCUGUCCGCUGCUGUACGAGUGGCAUCAGAAGCAGUAUGUGGGAGCAGCUCACGGCCUGGCAGGCAUUUACUACACACUCCUGCAGCCGAGUGCUAAAGUCAGUGAGGAGACUCUGAAUGAGCUGCUGCGGCCCAGUGUGGAUUACGUGCGGCACAAGAAGUUCCGCUCGGGCAAUUACCCAUCAUCCCUCAGCAACGAGACGGACAGACUGGUGCACUGGUGCCACGGAGCUCCUGGAGUGAUACAUAUGCUCAUCAUGGCUCAUAGAGUCUUCAGGGAGGAGAAGUACCUGCGAGACGCAGCUGAGUGUGGAGAGGUUAUUUGGCAGAGAGGUUUACUGAGGAAGGGUUAUGGACUCUGUCACGGCACUGCGGGGAACGGAUACGCCUUCCUCUCGCUCUACCACGCCACACAGGACAAGAAGUACCUGUACCGGGCCUGCAAGUUUGCUGAAUGGUGUCUAGACUACGGGACUCACGGCUGCCGCAUUCCUGACCGGCCGUAUUCCCUCUUCGAAGGUAUGGCAGGAGCCAUCCAUUAUCUCUCAGAUGUCCUCCAGCCUGACGGCUCUCGAUUCCCUGCUUUUGAACUUUGACCUGUUGUAGGAGGCACAGACUGUUACUCCUUCAUGAGGAGCGUCAGCUGCUUUCACAGCAGUUAGAUCUGGACGGACCCUUUAAAGUGAAGAAAACGAUUUCCUCCUCAUCUUGGAUGUAAUUACCAACAACGCCGCCUUGAGUUCACUCCUCGUGGCUCGUCUUUAUCAGUGUGCUGCUGUUGUUUGGACAGUAUCUAAUGCUAAUAUAUGGUUUUGUUUUAGUUAGUAUCUGUAUAUCUCACAGCUGCAUGUGUGUUACCUCUGUGAUGUGUGUCACACACUGCAGUGCUGGUCCUGUGUGAACACGUCUGUGUCUUUCUCUUUCUCUGAGCGUGAGGAUCAACACGUGCUCAUGUCAGAAUCCAGCAGCUAACACAGUGUUGUUGUCCAGUCUGCGCUGUCUGUGUGUGUGUGUGUGUCUGAGUGUGUGUGUGUGUGUGUGUGUCUCUGAGUGUGUGUGUGUGUGUGUGUCUCUGAGUGUGUGUGUGUGUGUGAGAGUGUGUGUGUGUGUGUGUGUCUCUGAGUGUGUGUGUGUGUGUGUGUCUCUGAGUGUGUGUGUGUGUGUGUGAGAGUGUGUGUGUGUGUGUGUGUGCGUGUCUCUGAGUGUGUGUGUGUGUGUGUGUGUGUGUGUCUCUGAGUGUGUGUGUGUGUGUGUGUGUGUGUGUGUGUGUGUCUCUGAGUGUGUGUGUGUGUGUGUGUGUCUCUGAGUGUGUGUGUGUGUGAGAGUGUGUGUGUGUGUGUCUCUGAGUGUGUGUGUGUGUGUGUGCGUGUCUCUGAGUGUGUGUGUGUGUGUGAGAGUGUGUGUGUGUGUGUGUGUGUGCGUGUCUCUGAGUGUGUGUGUGUGUGUGUGUGUCUCUGAGUGUGUGUGUGUGUGUGUGUCUCUGAGUGUGUGUGUGUGUGUGUGUGUGUGUGUGUGAGAGUGUGUGUGUGUGUGUGUGUGUGUGUGUGUGCGUGUCUCUGAGUGUGUGUGUGUGUGUGUGUGUGUGUGUUUGUGCGUGUCUCGCUGGUAAAUGUCUUGAUGAAUGUCAGCAAGUUGGUCUUCUUCUGGACUGAAGUCUGUACUGUCCUUCAGCUGAUGCAGCAGUCUUCUCACACCUGGAUCCUUCUCAACCUGUAGCAUUGAUUUCAAUCUAUCUUCAUUUUGAUAAAUCGAUAUUGAUUCUCCUAUCCCAAGAUCUGCCAGGGGCUGUAAGGUCUGUGCUGAAAUAAACACCAAACAUUA